ACAGAACUCUCUCGUGGGCCACGGGUCGGCCUAUGGUGACGUCAUACCCAUAACCGCGACGAUGGCGGACAUGAACGUGGUAACCGUAAAAGGAAAUGGGUGGUGCCAAGAAUAAGGUCGACUGCGGUCGGCGCGAUACAGCCAUACAGCUUGAUUCGCUAACUUUGCGUCAUUUCAUUUGAGGUGUUGAAAAGUCUUUCGUUUUCACUAAUUAGAUCUUGUGCUAGAGCGACAGCUUCCAUAAGUAAGCGGGUGUGCUUCGACGAUUGUAUUUUUAUAAAAGUCACAAAUGCCUGGAAUCGAUAUGUCCCUUGACAAUAUGUUCUGCUCCCGUUGUGGAGAUGGAUUUGAACCUCAUGAAAAAAUUGUGAAUUCGAAUGGUGAAUUAUGGCAUACACAGUGUUUUGUGUGUGCUCAGUGCUUCAGACCUUUCCCUGAAGGUAUAUUUUAUGAGUUUGAGGGGCGAAAAUAUUGUGAACAUGAUUUUCAUGUGCUCUUUGCACCUUGCUGUGGUAAAUGUGGAGAAUUUGUGAUUGGUCGUGUAAUCAAAGCCAUGAAUGCAAAUUGGCAUCCACGAUGUUUUCGAUGCCAAAUGUGUGAUAAGGAGCUGGCUGAUCUUGGUUUCAUUCGAAAUCAAGGUCGGGCUCUGUGUCAUGAAUGCAAUGCAAAAGCCAAAGCUGUGGAUCUUGGAAAAUACGUGUGCCAUAAGUGUCAUGGCCUCAUUGACGACAAACCAUUACGAUUUCGUGGAGAAGUAUAUCAUCCCUACCACUUUAAUUGUACUGCCUGUGGUGUGGAACUGAAUUCUGAUGCCAGGGAAGUACGCAGUAGACCUGGUUUUGCAGCAAAUGAAAUGAAUGAAUUGUACUGUUUGCGUUGUCAUGAUAAAAUGGGAAUCCCUAUAUGUGGAGCUUGCAGACGUCCAAUUGAAGAAAGAGUUGUAACGGCUCUUGGCAAACAUUGGCAUGUUGAGCAUUUUGUUUGCGCUAAGUGCGAGAAACCUUUCCUUGGUCAUCGACAUUAUGAAAAGAAGGGUCUUGCCUACUGUGAGACACAUUACCAUCAAUUGUUUGGUAAUCUUUGUUUUGUAUGCAAUCAAGUUAUUGCAGGAGACGUAUUUACUGCAAUGAAUAAAGCAUGGUGUGUUCACCAUUUUGCCUGUUCGGUUUGUGAUCAGAAAAUGAAUCAAAAGACAAAAUUUUAUGAAUUUGAUCUGAAGCCAGUAUGCAAAAAAUGCUAUGAAAAGUUUCCAAGUGAGCUGAAACGUCGACUUCGCAAAGCCCAUGAGCAGACCCCAAAGAAGAUGCCACUAUAAAUCUUGUACUUUUACAAAACCUGUUUUUUUUUUUCUCCUAUCCCUUCCCAUUUAAAAUACAUCUUUUCCAUCUAGACUAGUGUGGUUUUCAAUGGUGUAUAGACAGAAAUAUACGUUAGAGAAAUAAAGAAUGUCAUGUUUAUUUGGCUCAGUCUUGUUCAAUUGAGGGUUUUUAUCUGCAUAUGGUGAUAUUCUGAAUGAAUGAUCGUACUACAAUUUGCCUUUGCUCUUAAACAAGUAAAGAUUGUAUGGUUGUUUCACACUUGCUGUUGCUUAAGGAUAUUGCAGUCCAAAUACUUACUGUUGGAAAUUAUUGUAGUUUGUGUGAUUUCUGUUAUCUCUGCAACAAAUGCCCCAAAUAUGUUCAUUUUCAUUCUCUUUUAAAUGUUCAAGUGAUUCAAAAGAAGCAGAGAAGUCAAAUCUGGUUCAAACUAUUGAGCCUAAUAUAUCACAUUUCUUUGUAUUUAUCUGUAAUGUCUUUGUAGCGUUGCUUGAAGCACAUCAACAUAACUUGUGUGGCACAGGUCUAAAUUGAUGAUAUAUGUCAUAGUUGUCAGUCUCGUUCUCUUGGUGGAUUGGUCCCCUAUAAUUAUAUAUAAAGCUAUAAAGGAUCGAGGUUCAUCAUAUUACUAAAAAUAAUUGUGAUUUUCAGAUUUUAUAUAAAUAAUCCCGAUUUGAAAUAUUGGUCCAAAAUGUCUUUUAAACCUUGGCCCAUGAUCUAUCAAAAUAUCACUCAUAAGUAAGUCGGCACCAACUGAACAAUUAAAAUAGUUCCAAAAGAUUUCAAAUCAUCCAACUAGUCCUAUCAAUUCCUAGUGAAUGUUAUAAAGUUGUGAGCUUCCAAAUAGUUAAUUUACUUUUCUGUAUUUUUAUUUCCCAGUUAAAUUUAAUUUGUGUGCGUGUGUAAUUUUAAAAGUUAUUUCAAUAUCCAAAUCAUGCAAUGCUAAUCUGUUCAACUUAAAAUUUGCCUGUUUAACAGCUUAGCAAAUAUUGCCAAUUUUAAGUCUUUUGGAUUUUUGAUAUUUAACUUCAGAUGUUGUUUCAAGAAAAGUGUUUAUUGAAAAGCAUUCGUUUUUAUAAGCUUAGUAAAAUAUAAAUUUUCAUAGACCACAUUCCUAGGAACUGAACAUAUUUUGUCUGAAUGUUUAUUUGAAGAUCAUAAUUGAAUCAUAAGGUGCUUGAGACUUAUAUUGGAAGUUGUGUGUUAAAAUAGAUAUGAAUGUCUUACAUGAAUUUUUUAUACCAUUUUAAUAUUGGGUUUUUCAGUUCCAGAUGAUAUAAUAAACAUUAUUCAUAUAUUGGCAUUUCAAAAAAAUUACAAUUUUGCAGAACUUUGUUUAAAGGUUUGUUUUAUGUUGUACUAAUUGAAGGAGUUGGUACCAACCCACAUGUCUGUAAGUUUUACUCCACCAAAGAAAAAACGUUGUAGUGAAUAUAUUUUUAGGAUACAUUCUAAGAUCUUCGUUUUGGAUUUAUGAAAUGUGGGUUAGCUAUAUUUGGCCAGCUCAAAUUAAAUAUAUUAUUAAGUAACUUAGGGCUGUAUUCUUUGAGCAACCUUUAAGUGUUUACUUAUUUGUAUUUUCAAUUCAUAGUCGUCAUGUGUUUGCUUAAGAAUUCACUUAUUCUUAUAAGUAUCCUUAAUGGACCCUUAUUUUUCAACAUGAUAUAACAAAAGAUUUUUAUGAGCUUUUGGAAUUAUUGAAAUCAAUAUGGAAGAUCGUACCAAAAUAAUAUUUGAGAGAUAUGGAAAACCCUUUGGAAAUGCAUGGGGAACAAGAAUCUAAGAUAAGAGAUCAUUUUGACAAGGAUUUGGUUGCAAAAAUUAGUGUCUCUGUUGCUCACUACAGUCACUUGCUCAUUGCUUUGUAGUAAUUCAAGUGUAGACUAUGAAUACAGCUCUUAAUGUCAUGAAAUUAUAUAUUUAUAAAUGUGUUUUAAUAUCAAAUACCAUUUUGCACUUUUGCAAUUGUAUAUUUCAUUCUCAUUUUAAUUAUAAUGAACUAAAUAUAAAAUCGAAUAUUGUUGUAAUAAUAUUUAAAAAUAUUCUGUGCAGACUUACUUACUAGCUAAGUGCUGGUCAUGCUUGGUGAUUUCUUAAUGUAUCUGGUGUUUUGUGGUUGUAACAUUUUGUUUCUACCUAAAUCUGGUAUAAUUGAAGCAAAAUGUGCUUACUGUUUGAAAUUAUGAAGAUGAUACAAAUGACUGCUUAGUACUGUGGCUGAUAACAUGAACAUUAUACAAAAAUAAAAUAUUAUUGAGAAAUGUAACUGUAUUAAGAUAUCUAAAAUAUUAGUUUCUUCUAUCUGUAUUGAAGAUCUGCAUUUAAGAUAAGUUAUGAAGUAUACUGUCAUGCAUUUUUGUUUGAGAGUUCAUAAUUUUCAUUAGAAUUUUAGUCAUUAAGUGAAUGGCAGAGAUAAUUAAUUCUUCCUUAUUAACAGAUUAAAGAUAUUAUUCUGAUAUUAGUUUCAGAAUGUUCAGUUCUUGGAUAUUUUUUUUUUAAUGUACGAUUGGAAGACUGCCUACUUUUUCUGACUGUUCAGCUGGUCUGUACAACAAAUAUAUCAUUUAUAUAUUAAUUAUAUACUAUGCUAUAAUUAGACAAUUUUUUAGCCUACAGAUUUAUGUGCCUUACAUAUUGUUGGUAGGAGAAUUGAUAUUUUAAAUUUAUGUGCUAUUGUGUUUGUUAGCUAAUGUUAACUAAUGAAUGUACUAUGAAUUUUUAUCGUAUAAAAAAAUCAUCUAAUACAUUUUUAAUCGUUUUGCAGUUAAUUUUUUGUAGAUCUGCAUUUCUUUUUUUAAUUUUUAACAUUCUUGCAGACAUUUUUUUCAAUAAUACAUGUAUAUUUUUAUAGUGCUGUAUGAGUGAAUUAAAUUAAAUAUAUCGUUCUACUCAA